UCGAACGUUCUUUGAUCUUACAAAAUGCCACGCGUAUUCGUUCGCAUAGUAGUCGUAUCGAUAUUGACAUGUGCUAGUGCUGGUGCUGGUGCUGGUGCUGGUGCUGGUGCUGCGCACGUGCAGCAUGAUUCUUCAUCAAUCGACGGCCAGCCAAUGAACGAAGAACCGCGAAUAAACGGUUCAUUCGAAACUGAAGCCUACGAAGAGUUAUUAAAAAAAUCGUUGAAACAUCAACGCAAGGACCACGCGGAUGCAGUAAAACGUUUGGAAAAGAUAGACAACUAUGAGCGUUUAUACAAAAUGAUGAUGAUUCUUGGUGAAAAUAUGAUCAAAAUAAUCGAAUCGAGUAGAACAGUGAUCGAAAGUGCAAGUUACCAUCCGGAACGUAGAUUUUUGCCACAAAAUCUUACUAUACAAAGUGCAAUAUCCGGUAUAGUGGAAAACACGCUAUUCUUCGGUGAUGUCGUUCUCCAUUUUCCUCACGUUAUGCAUCGUAUACUGAAGAAGCAGGAAAAAUGGAACGCGAUCAUAAAUUGGUCUUUGAAUUUCACAAAUCGUACCAAGCAUCUGUUGGGUGAAGACAGCCUCGGCGUGAUUAACCUGAUGGCACAAGAACUUGGCAUCACGGAACGCGAACCAGGAUAUAAUAAUCCUUAUUGGAAGUCAGCCGAGUCUCGAGAAAGAAACAGAGGGGAAACAAAGAUAAAGCGAUCGUUGAAGAAAGAAAAAGAAAAACGGGGGCCUCGAAUGGCUAAAAUCGAACUAUAAACCCACCCCUUUUUCCGACGGCUGAUCUCACUGGCUGAUGAUAAUUAUGCGCUUCCUAAAAGUUAUUUCUUCUACUGUAUAAUUCUGUAAAAUACUCCAAAUAAAAUGUAUGUUUCUAUA